UGCUCGGCCCGGAUUGGCCGCCGGGAGUAGCGCGAGGUUUGGCGGGAGUUUUUGCGUUGGCGCCGAGCGCUGCGGGCUGGGAUGGAUCGGCUGUGGUCUACGCGGUUGUCGCAUGCGAGAUUUUCAAAGAACCAUGCCGGCAGAACACAUUCCAUGAAAGAUAAAGCUGGCCGGAAGCACAAGCCUCUGGAUGUAUUUGAUUUUCCUGAUCAUUCUCAGCUCUCAAGCCUCAGCAGGCUGGGUGAAAAUGAGAAAGAUGAAGAAUCCUAUGAAACCUUUGACCCUCCUCUACACAGCACAGCUAUCUAUGCUGAUGAGGAAGAAUUCUCCAAGCAGUGCGGGUCACAUCUCCCCUCAACUCCUCAAGAAAAAGAAGCAAAGAGAAGUUCGGACACUUCUGAAAUUGAAGCAAGUGAAAACGAGUCUGUAAAGAUUAGUGCCAAAAAGCCAAGAAGAAAACUCAAGCCCAUCAGUGACGAAUCUGAAAGCCCUGAAGAAAGUGAUGUAAGGAGAAAAGUUAAACCCACAGAGAACAUAAGUACACAGCAUGAAGCUGUUUCAGCUACAGCACUUCCAGGACUUUCGGAGAAACCAGCUGAAGCGGUCACUCCUCAGAAGACAGGACCCCAGAGUGUCGAGUCCUCUGCUGAGAAAGCGACACUGGCCACAGAACAUCAGCUGGAAACUCAGAAAAAUAAGAUGUUUCCUGGCAAAAGGAAGAAACCAAGAAGUUACACCACAGAUACUUCCGACUGUGCACCUAUUUGGUGUUUAAAAGAAAAGAAAGCCAGUGACAUCAUGGAAUUAGAUGUGUUUUUGUCUGCAUUCGAGAACAUUCUUCUAGAGUAUGAACAAAAAAUAGACUCUGGAGUUUGUAAGACAGCCAUCAACAAAUUUCAUUCUAAUUUGAAAGAAGAACUCAUCAAAAUGCUUCAAGAAGCCCAGAUGUUGAAGACUCUGAAAAGGAAGAAUGCUAAGAUGAUCUCCAAUAUCGAAAAGAAAAGGCAGCGUUUGAUUGAAGUCCAGGAUGAAUUGCUUCAACGGGACGGCCGGGUGAGCCGGAGGGCUGGCAGCAAAGCAGCAGCAGAAUAAGCAGUGUCAGGUAUGCUCCCUGCCCUUCAGGAGCCUUAAAAUAGCUUGGAAAGUGGUCUUAGAAGACGACCUAUGAGUGAGUACUAAGUUUGAAAGAUGAGACCUGCCCCAGAAGUCUAGAAGAGGGAGAAACGGGUUGUCUUAGCCUUUGGUUCCCAGAUCCAGCCUCUGAACAGGUGCUGCUGGCCGGCGCUGCAGCCUUCAUGGGCCCAGGCCAAAGUCAGAAAAGUAAUCAUGACGGGACGCUUUUUCAGGUGUUAGCUGUGUGUCGCUGGGCGCCGUCCUAAGUGCUUUAUGAUACCAACUCAUUAAUCAUCACCAUAACCCCAGGAGGCAGGGUGUUUGGCCACAAGACAACUAUGUAAGACUCGGAUCUGUCUCUCAGAGCUUUCAAUCCUUUUUCUAGACAGAAUUGUAGAACUUGAGAGGUAUAGUAUUUUGGAAAGGCAUAGAAAGAAAGAAAAUGUGUAUCAUUGUUUUACAUGUAGAAAACCCAAGGCACAGGGCGGUAACAUUCCGACAGCCCCCUACCGGGGAAUGGGGGACCCGGGACCCGGUGUCUGCCCACUGGCUCCCGACCCAGCGCUCCUGCCCAUGACCCUGCUGGCUCCUGACCCAGCGCUCCUGCCCAUGACCCUGCUGGCUCCCGACCCAGCACUCCUGCCCACGACCCUGCUGGCUCCCGACCCAGCGCUCCUGCCCACGACCCUGCUGGCUCCCGACCCAGCGCUCCUGCCCACGACCCUGCUGGCUCAGGGGGUUUCCCAGAACGUGGCACUAGUUCAACGCACAGAACUGUACAGGGACUUCUAUAAAAUGAUAUUAGAGCAGGUUUUAAAUAUAUCUUUGUGAGAAUGAAAGAUGGUAGCCAUUCCCCAUUCUUUUAUAAAUUGGGCCACAAAAUCCAAGUUACCCUUUUUAUUUUAUAUGUUGAGACUUAUGAGCUACUGAGACAGAAAGCAGAUUGCCCAAGGUUGCACAUCUCAUCCAGGCACUGAGAUAGUUUCUCCACUGCUUUUAUUAGACUUGGACAAAAUCUUGUCCAAGAGGGGCAGAGGAAAGGCUUUUUGUCCAUGCUUUUACUGCUACACUGCAGUGUUGGUCUACAUCGUCUGGGGCGCUAAAAUCUUGAUACCCAAGUAUAUGUUUCAAUUCAGUAGUUCCUAAGACUCUAAAAAUGACUUAAUGAACUUUAAGAUACAUAAGGCAUAUUUUUUCUGUGGGCUUCACUGCUAAGUACUUUUUAGGCAUCAUAUUUCAGAGUUUUUGCUAUAUUUAAAUUGAUUUCAGAAUCAUUCACAUUGAUAAUUUCAAAGCUAAUGAUACAUUAAACCACCUAGUCCAGCUUCCCUGUUUGUUUACUUCACUCAAAACCCUUACACACUCCACCUCAUACACCUUAGGCUGAAGUUCCACUUUGUCAUUUCUUUUUGGGAAAAAUAUCUUUCUGUUUUAGGGUAGAACCAGAGCUGAAACAACUACAAAUAAAGUAUGAGGAACUU